UCAUUUAAUUUCAGGGGGAUUGAGGUGUUUUGGCGUUUUAAGUCAGGUUUUUCUUGUAUCAUGUUGUAAGCCUAGGUGGCAAAUGUGAAUGCCUCUCCCGAUAAAUAACGUACGCCACAAUUGAUACUGCAGUUAAUUUAUGCAUGGUAUACUGAUCGCCAGUGGAAUUGUUGGGCUUUUUCCCCAAAUUGUUGCAGCCUGUUUGUUUUGUCAUUGAAAACACUAAUGGUCGUUGUGAGUAACAUUUUAAGAUUAAAUGAUUUUGGUGCUUACAGUGUUACCCUCCACAACUAAACUGAACAGAAGAACAUCUUAAGCUCAGAAGCUCGCAUUGACCGUAUGCAGAUCAGUUCCUUAGAUGAUCAGCGUUGUGGUACCCAAGAAAUCCUGUUGGUUUAUUUAGGCCAGUUUAGAAUUAUAUCAAGCAGAUUUUCUAUUCUGCAUUUUACAAUAUCAUUUAUUUCAUAAUUAUUAGGAAUAUGUUUGUCAAUUGUUAUCUCCCUUCUCAAAUUUGUGGUUUGUUUGGCUUCUGAAAAUUCUAGAGCUUAGGAACGGUAAUCAUGACUUCCGAUGAUGGCAUGAGCUGGGGUGGGGCACACUUGUCACCCCAUCUCCACACUGAUGAGUGUAAUGUGAUCAUUAACAUGCUGAAGCAGUGUCACCUAGAUAACAAAUUUCUGAAAUAUUUUGGCCAGUGCAAUGAUAUUAAUCGAGAGAUGCUAAAAUGCUUAAAAAAAGAGUAUGAAUCCAAAAGAGAUCAAAAUCGUGCCAAAUCUGAGGCAACGAGACAAAGGCGCUACCAAGCACAAAAAGAAGCCGAAAAUUGAAAAAGGUUAUGUGCCCUCAUAAAAUAUUCAGCUGCCAACUCUACCUUGGACACAUCCCAUGUUGACAUCUUGUGUUUUUGAAAAAAUUAUCAUAAAAGUUGUUAUAUGCGCUUCCAA